GAAUUACAUCUCGAUGAAGCUGUUAAAACUAUUGGCUGCUUAUCUGAAAUUCGAAUGGAGGGCACGUCUUGCAUUUGACUUGCUGGAUCUGCAAACCCUGCUGUGGCAGCGCAGGGGCGCCGUGCGCAGCGCUGGUCCCGGGCCGCGGCCCCGCCUAGCCGCGUGGGGGCGCUGUGGGCGGCGUGCGGGCGCGGCCUCACCCGCGGCGGGGCUGGCCGCGCGGCGCGCUUCCGCGUGUGUGUAGAAGCUGGAUAGGGCGGGCGGCGCCCUGGCAUGGAGAAUGGCUCCGCUCCUGCUGCAGCUGGCGGUGCUCGGCGCUGCGCUGGCGGCCGCAGUCUUGCUACUGAUUUCCAUUGUUGCAUUUAUGACUGCUACAAAAAUGCCACCACUUCACCAACACGAAGAAGAGAAGUUCUUCCUAAAUGCCAAAGGCCAGAAGGAAACUUUACCAAGCAUCUGGGACAAGCCUACCAAACAGCUUUCUGUCGUCGUGCCUUCAUACAAUGAAGAAAAACGGUUGCCUGUGAUGAUGGACGAAGCCCUGGGAUAUCUAGAGAAGAGACAGAACCGUGACCCCACGUUCACUUACGAGGUGAUAGUAGUUGACGAUGGCAGUAGAGACCAGACUUCAAAGGUAGCUUUUAAAUAUUGCCAGAAAUAUGGAAGUGACAAAGUACGAGUGAUAACACUGGUGAAGAAUCGUGGGAAAGGCGGCGCUAUUAGGAUGGGUGUGUUCAGUUCUCGAGGAGAAAAGAUCCUCAUGGCAGAUGCUGACGGAGCCACAAAGUUUCCAGAUGUAGAGAAACUAGAAAAGGGACUAAAUGAUCUUCAGCCCUGGCCUGAUCAAAUGGCUAUUGCAUGUGGAUCUCGAGCUCAUUUGGAAAAAGAAUCAAUUGCUCAGCGUUCUUACUUCCGUACUCUUCUCAUGUAUGGGUUCCACUUUCUGGUGUGGUUCCUUUGUGUCAAAGGAAUCAGGGACACACAGUGUGGAUUCAAAUUACUAACUCGAGAAGCAGCUUCACGGACGUUUUCAUCUCUGCACAUUGAACAAUGGGCUUUUGAUGUAGAACUACUCUACAUAGCACAAUUCUUUAAAAUUCCAAUAGCAGAAAUUGCUGUCAACUGGACUGAAAUUGAAGGGUCAAAACUAGUCCCAUUUUGGAGCUGGCUACAAAUGGGCAAGGACUUACUUUUUAUACGACUUCGAUAUAUGACUGGUGCCUGGAAGCUUGAGCAAACUAGGAAAAUGAACUAGGCAGUUUGCAGACUUUGACUGUAUUACUCAUCAGUGUCACACUAUUUCAUUUGAAAUUAAAAUUUUAAAUAAAGUGAGAAUAAACCUAUUGUCAUUGUCUGUCUUUGGAUAAUUUUAAAGAUUUAACUAUCAUAAGUAAAGAUUUUUUAUCUUUUGGA